AUCUCGAGGCAGAACAAGAAAGACACGAAUCCACACGAAGAGAUCACGAAUCCGCACUAAGAGAUCUCCAAAUGGAACAAGAAAGACAUGAACAAACGCAAAGAAAUCUCGAGGCAGAACAAGAAAGACACGAAUCCACACGAAGAGAUCUCCAAGCGGAACAAGAAAGACACGAAGUCACACGAAGGAAUCUUGAAGUAGAGAGGGAUGAAACUUCGUCGGGAAAUCAAAGUGGAGAGAUAGAGUUGCGGCGAACUAGUGGUGUAGAAGAAAACAGGCAUGCAUGGAUCCUGGAUAGAAUUGAAGUUGAAGUAACGGAAAAAGUGCUUGGAAGAGGUGGUUGGGGCAGUGUUUUGGAAGGUAGAUACAGAGGAACCAUUGUUGCUGUAAAACAAAUUCACGAUCUUAUUCUGUCACCCUAUAACAGGAAUCGAUUUGAACGUGAGAUGAACGUUGCGGCUCGUUGCCGACAUCCCUAUCUUCUUCAAUUUAUUGGUGCAACCAACGAUGCCAGCCCACUUUUUGUCACAGAAUUGUUAGAUACAAGUCUGAGGGCUGUUUUAGAAGAACGUGCAUUACAACUUGAUGAGCAGAUAGCCAUCUCACUUGACGUAGCUAGGGCAUUAAACUACUUGCACCUCAACCGACCAGAUCCCAUAAUCCAUAGGGACAUCAGCAGUGCAAACGUGCUGCUAUGGAAACAUGGUGAGAGGUGGAGAGCUAAAGUUUCAGAUUACGGCAGCGCAAACUUCUUACAACAUUGUACAACAGUUGGACCUGGUGCAAUGGUUUAUUGUGCACCUGAAGCAUUAUCGCCUUCUAGACAAACCGUUAAGCUUGAUGUGUUCAGUUUUGGUGUUUUGGUCUGCGAAAUGAACAUCAGAGAGCUUCCUGAUUUUACCAGACGAGGUGAACAAGUUGCUAUGGUAACGAACCACUUCUUAAGUUCCCUUAUUAGGAGGUGUUUGGUUGAGAAUCCAGAGGAACGUCCCUGUAUGGUCGAAAUUCUUUCUGACUUAGAGGGCCAAAACUAAAAUCGUUUGCGCACAUGUAGGAUGAAAUACACAUUUCAGUUCCGAAUGAAGAGUAGUUAUAUUCUUUUUUUUCUUCAGGAUCUUUAUCUUUGAUUAUUUCCCCGUCUCUGACGUCCCUGUUUAAUUUCUUACUUAGAAAUCUGAGGAUCAAAACUUGCUCAGUUAUAUAGUACACCAGAAACGACAUUAGAUUAUUAAUAUUAUUUUCAUUAUUAUUUAUUCAUUAUACGCAGGGGCGGAUUUAGGGGUGGGCCUAAGGGGCCGCGGGCCCCUCCCCCUUUUUCUUGAAAAAAAACUUGAAAAGAUCCUUGUCAAUAUCACUGAAAAUCAGUGCUGGAAAUCGCAUUUCUAACGGUUUAAAUUUCAAUUUUUUUCAGGGGAGCAUGCCCCGGACCCCCCUAUAUAUUCCCGACUUCGGUGGUCGAUGCAACACAAAACCAUUUUUAAGUAACCGGCCUCCUCUUUCUAAAUAUUCUGAAUCCGCCCCUGAUACGUAUAUUAACGCUUUUAUAGCUUAUUUGCACGAUUUUGAAGACUAUUUCAUAGUAAUUGAUACUAUCAAUUAGAUCAGAUGAUCUAGCAAUUAUUCUAGUCAUUGACUAGUCUGAAAAUUCGAGUCCAAGUAGAAUUCCUAAAAAUAAAAAACAAUUUACACAUAGAUUCGAGGCUAAGCCCGCGUGCACUGGACUUUUUUCGCGUCGUGCAGCUCUUACGCAUAUUUUCGUGCUUAGCAACCUCCCGCGUGCAUCUAGAACUGGAUAUACGCACGCUAACCAUGAACCAUUCCUUAAAAAUAGUUAGCAAACUAAACAACUGGAAUACAGUCGACUACUAACAGUAGUAGGUUAACCGUAUAUUUCAUUAAAAGCAAAUAGCUUUAGUCUAAAGAAAUUGCACAAAACUUAACUAAUUACGCUUUUGAGAAUAAAGGGUUUAGUAUUACA